AUGCCGUCAACCAAAAGAGGCCCGUCUGCCUUAAAGAAACUAAAGGAUUAUAAAAAGACUGUUACAAGUCAAUAUAAUCUUGGAAGCAAAGGCAAAAACAAACGGAGACCACUACCAACUGAUGCUGCUCCAACAGGCCAUCAACCAUCGUUCCCCAACUUGUUUGAGCUUCAGGUCAACAAGGCAAAACAUCACGUCUUGAACAGGCAUGUCACUGGUUCUGUUGGAAGACCAGCGGCAUUUGCUAAAAAGGCUGGUGAAGUGAGAAGGAAGACGUUGGGUCAAGAACUCAAGUCUCGUAAAAAGGAUACAGCAUUCAUAGAUAAUCGAUUUGGAGAGUUCGAUGCUCAUAUGACAUUGCAAGAUAAGGUGACCAAGACUGCAAAAAAACAGCAACGAAAUGAAAAGAGCUCGCUCUUCAAUCUCGAAGAAGAGAACUUGACACAUCUUGGUCAGUCACUCGAUGAUCUGGAGGAUCUGAAUGGUGGUUUUGAACGUGUUGACUCUGAUGACGAUGGUCAGGUCGAUAAGAAGUUUGUCAAGGACUUUCAUUUUGGUGGAUUUGACAAGGAAAAAGAUGCCCGUCUAUCCAAGUCAGAUGUAAUGAAGGAAGUCAUUGCCAAAAGCAAGCACCACAAGGCUCUGAGACAAAAGGAACAUGAGGAUGAUAUAGAUUUAAUGGAUCAGGUCGAUGCCGAGCUAGAUGAUAUUCGUGCUUUAUUAGGACCUCAAAAGAAUCAUCUACGGGCAAGAUUUAGAAAUGAAUCUGAAAAACAAAAACAGGCAUCUGACGAUUAUGAUCAAGUAGUCAAGUCACUUGUAUUUGAGAGUCGCGCUACUCCAUCAGAUCGUAUAAAGAGCUCUGAAGAAAUUAAAAUAGCUCAUGACCGUAAAAUGUUAGAAUUAGAGGCUGAUCGUGUACGACGAAUGAAACCAGAUGGAGGCAUACCCAUACGCCGUGAAACACAAGCCGACGAUUUAGACUUAGAUUAUACCAUGAAUGACGACGAGAUCAUCAACGAUGAUGGUGACGAUACAGCACAAGACUCUGAAAAGAUUCGAGCCAUGAGUGCUAUGCCAUUGACGUAUGUUGAUGGUAAACUCGUCAAUAAUGAAAUCUUUAUGAAGAAAAAACGUAAACGACAAGACGACGAAGACGAGAAUGUCGACAUAAAUGUAGGUGAAGAUCAGUUGGAAUCGGAUGCCUCUGACGAGGAUGAUGGCUCUGCAACAACUGAAUCUGGAGAAGAGGAUGAUGAAGAUAUGGAAGGUGAUGGGGAAGAGGCUGAAUUCGAAGAGUCUGAAGUUGAUGUGGAUGAUGUAGCUGAUGUGGAAAAUGCCGAUGGUAUGAUCGAAGAUCAAGAAGUAGAAGAGGAAGCCAUAGAAGGAGAGCAGGAGGAAGAGGUUGCUUCAGCUGUAGCAGUACCUCCGAUAAUACCUAAAACCAUUGUCGCAAAAGCCGCCAUGACAUCAGAAGCAAACGUAGCAUCAUUGCCUUCUAUUGAUUUGGAUGACUUUGUUCUGUCAUUCAAGCCUAAAAAGCUUGAAAAGCAGUUGACACAGCUUCGAGAAGCUUGUAAAGGAAAGCCAGCUAACAUCAGAGAGACUCUUUAUUUUCGCAUUCUUGACCAACUUGAAGCAACACCUCUAAAAUUCAAGUCCUUUGAUGUAUUGGCUCAACAUGUCAUAGUCCUUGCUCGGUUGUGUCCUUCUGUAGCUAUGGAAGAUGCCCUUCGACGAUUAACGAGAAUGGAAGAUGGACUCAAGUCGUAUUUGUCGGAUGGAUGGCCAUCAUGUCAAGACUUGUUGUUGAUACGAUUAUUCGGUCUAAUCUUCCCAACUACUGAUUUCGACCAUCCUGUCAUCACUCCCAUGGUCUUGCUACUAUGUCGAUUCUUAUCUCUUGUUCGUGUUAAUGAACGAGCGGAUGUGAUAGCUGGAUUGUUCCUUUGUAAUCUGCUCCUCGACUUCCAAUCGGUAGCUAAACGAUAUCUGCCAGAGGUUAUGCCCUUCCUUGUUGGUACAUUGCAACAAGUAUCGUCUCGAAAGAGUGGAGCUGGAUUGUUUGAAUUGGCAUCCAUAGACUCUAGUAUCUUUGAGAAUGUGGAUUGGACUGCUGAAUCAAUACCUUUGGAUUUGCGAACUCGUGAUAUACCUGACGGGAUGUGUGUCACAAUAGUCGAGACAACGCUACGUUUAAUAUCAGCUUUCAGUCAGCUAUGGAGUGAAAAUCCAGCACAUCCGGAAAUCUUUUCAUCUGUACAUAAAUUCGCUGAAUCAUUGAGUGAUUCCAUACCAUUCAACAAGAACGCGUCAUUCGAGUCCUCAUUAUUCUUGUUGACAACUACGCUGUCACAAGGAAUUGAAAAGGCUGUCGCAUCUCGAGAGCCAUUGAAAUUCAAGUCUCGUAAACCAGUCGCUAUUCCUACAUUCAUGCCUAAAUUCGAAGAAGGAUACUCGUUGGACCGUCGCUACAAUCCAGAACGUGCCUUUGUAGAAAAAAAGAAACUAGAAUUCUUGCACCGUAAAGAAUUCCGCGGUGCAGUACGAGAACUUAAAAAGGAUGCUGCCUUCAUUGCUACUGAGAGUCUCAGAGCUAAAAAGGAAGCUUCUGAAGUUUAUAAUGCUAAAAUGAAGAGAAUUAUGGGUCAAUUGGGUGGUCAGGAAGGUGAUGCUCGAAAGUUCGAACGAAGUGUGGCUAACAAGAAGCAAAAGAGACGCUGA